UGAUACCAUCUCAACAGCAGCAGCAGCAGAUGCUGAACCUGCGGGCUACUAGUCAAGCCUCCCUCCUCAGCGCCAACCCCAUGCUCCAGCGGGCCCUGCUCAUCCAGCAGAUGCAAGGUAACUUGAGAGGCUUCAACAUGGCCGCAGCCCCUGUGCUCCAGCAGUUCUUCCCUCAGGCGACAAGACACUCCCUUUUGGGUCCGCCUCCUGUUGGGGUCUCCUUGAAGCCCACUCGCCUGGCUUUCCCUGGGGGCCUCCCUUUUCAGCGGCAGAAUCAGACCUUUCGCAAGGACUUCUCAAGGACCUCUGAGAGGAAACGGGAGGCGGAUUCUGCAACUUCCUCCUCUCAGGGCCAAGGAGCGGAUGAGCGCCUGCCUGUGGUGGAUAUGUCUAUCAUCAAAGAGGGGUCUGAGCAGCCGAAUUCUCCACCUCCAGAGACUCUGGCAGAAUCUUCUCCAGCUGGCCAGCCGGCAGCCAAGCGGCUCAGAAGGGAAGCUGAGGACACAAUCCCAGAAGAAGCAAUAUGUCUUCAGCAAGUGGAGGAGUCCAACACAGAAUCCCACCUGGAAGAGGCAGGCAACGGGAAAGAGAACCUGGCUGCAGAUACUUCCAAGGAAAAGAACAUUGCUGGAGAGCUGAAGAUUUCGGAGGUGGUCAGCUCUGCAGGCUCCCUGAAAGUCACAAUUCAGCAGAGCAGCGAGAACCGAGCCAUCAGCACCACGGCCCUAAAGCCAGCCUUCUGGACCUCUGAGACGGGCACAGCCGAAGGCAGCCCUGAGGCUACCCUGAAAUUCUACUGUUACAUAUGCAAGACUAACUGUUAUAACCAACAGAAUUUCCAGGCCCACAUGGCAGGAGCUCAGCACCAGCAGCGACUUCGGGAGAUCCAGCACAUGAGCAACAUAUGCCUUGUCUCGUUGUUGCCUGUGGUGAAGGAGCAGAAACCACUGGCUGAGAAAGAAGGAGAGAGCCAGCGGAGGUGGUGUAACACCUGCCAGAUAUAUUUUACAGGUGACCUGAUCAAGCAUCGCCGGACUCAGGAACACAAGCUUGCCAAGCGCUCCCUCCGACCCUUUUGCAUGGCGUGCAGCCGGCACUUCAAGACCCCGCGCAAGUUUGUGGAGCAUAUGAAGUCUCCAGAGCAUAAGCAGAAGGCCAAAGAGGUGAAGUUGGGGGAGAAGGAGCAGGCUGGGCCGGAGGAUUCUGAGGAGCUCAUAACAGUUGAUGCUGUUGGCUGCUUUGAAGAUGACGAGGAAGAAGAGGAAGAAGAAGAGGAAGAGGAGGAGGAGCAGCAGCAGCAGCAGCAGGGAAAUGCUGGAGAAGAGGCAGCCUCUGAAGUAGGACAGCUGGAUAAGGAAGAGUCUCUCAUCAAGCAGGGAGCAGCACUGGAAGAUUCUGGAGGGAGUGAGGAGUACUGUCCAGAUACCAUCUAUGGCCUGGAUUUUCUGGUCCCUGUGGUAGGCUUCCUCUGCCGGUUGUGCCACAAAUUCUGCCAUAGCGACUCUGCUGCUCAACUUGCCCACUGCAAAUCCCUGAUGCAUUUAGAGAAUCUCCAGCGGUACAAAGCCAUGAGACUCCAGCCUGCUACUGCAUUUGUGGACACAUCCAUCUAUCCCCAGCAGGGGCUGAGUGGCCUGCAGACGACUCCUCCUCCUCCUCCUGCUGCUGCUGCUGCUGCUGCUGCCGCCACCAUUGACAAGACGGAUGGUAAAACAGAGGCUCCUAGUGUAGGAAAGCAAAUCACGGUGUUAAUGGAAGCAUGUCAGUCUUCAAGAGAGGAGGCUUCCGCUGCAGCGCAGAGGCACAAUUGGAAUAGAUGAUGUGUGUGGAGCCCUGCCCAUCGCGGAGGAGGGAGGAGGUGAAAGGGACAUCUCCCAGCUGCUAGAAAUAGCUCCUUGGGGAGAGAGGCCGCUGCUGCUGUAGGGGAAGGAUCAGGACUUCCAGUGUGGUGUAGUGGUUAAGAGCGGUGGCCUUGUAGUCCGGUGA